AUCAGUAUAAAUAGUAUAGUAUGUAUGUGGGGUAUACAUAAUUACACAUGUUAGUACUAGUAACUAAUACAUAUAAAAUAGAUUAUUGUUAUUUGAUGUCUUUAAUAAGGCCUAUCUACUUUUUGUUUAUUUUUAUGCAUGUUAAGAAAUCUGUUUUCCAGAAUUUACGUUGAAAUAAGAUAACUUUGUUUUUGAAAUUAGUAAAUUAAAGUAAUAUAAACUUAGAUGCUGCAAAGUUAGAAAAUAACAUUUGCUAAAGCUAAUAAAAUGUAAUUUUUAUUCUGUUCCUAUAAAUAAGGCAUAAUUAUUAUUUAAAGAAAGUUUUAAAUUCCAUCUUGAAUUCCAUCCAUGUUUAGAGAGAGAUUCAGAUAAUAUUGUUUAGAGAUUUAUCUAUACACAUCUGGUUGUUUUAAAUGGGAUUUUUACCACUGAAACCAGGCAUAAUGAAUGCUUUUGAAAAUUUACUGCAUAGGCUAUAUUUCAGUUUAGCAUGGUUUUGUACACUUUGUGUUUUAAAACACUUUUGAAAAAUUUAUAAUGGAAAUGUGUAUACGACAUGAGUACUUCUUUGAAAUAUAUCUAUAUGUAGUCAAGUUUUUAAAAAAAUCCUUUUAAGGCUAAGAGGAUAAGGAAAAAUAUAUGAAAAUUUUAGUCAUUAUCAAAAUUAAUUGAUUAGAAUUCAGCAAUUAAAUACGGCAAAUCAGUAUACUUAUUUUUUUCAUUUUUUAGAUUGUAGGGAUUUUUUUCUUAGUGUCUUAAGAUUAUUUUAGAGUUACUAUUGUUAUUGGCUGUUAGGCAAUUAAAAUGUUAAUAAGCAUGACAUUAAGGCAUUCAUUAACCACCCUCUUCAGAUAUGUAUACAUAAAUUGUUUCUAAAAGUUAAUAUUUUAAGAAGUUUCCUGAAGCUAGUGAGCUUUUUUUGGUUAGUUAGUCUCAAAAUUUUUUUAGCAGUUUCCCAAGGCAUAUAUUCUUUGGAACUGGAUUCUUUUAGGUAUCUGAUGUUGUUGGUGAGAUGCCUUACUAACUGAAUGAGUGCAGGCUUUUUUAAAAAAUUGAAGCUGAUUAAAAGAAGUAGGUUUUUGUUUCUUCUGUCUGUUUGAAAUUGAAUCUAUUGGGGGGUUAUCAAAAUUGUUUGCAUCACACGUAGGUAGUUUCAGUAAUAGGACAGGGCCACUCAUUAAGGAACAAGUUUCAAUUCGCACAUAUUUGUUUUUUCUUUUUCUUUUUUUUGACUAAUUUGGUUAUUUGCCAUUUCUGGGGAUUAAACUUUAAAAAAUGUUCUUCUUUUCUGUAUCUGAUGUUCUGUGUGCUAUUAGUGAUGCAGCCAACACGAACGGUUGUCAUGUGUAACACAACUUUCGAUCACCGCGAAAACACCGUCCUGGGAAAGCGUCCAUGCUUGAUAUCGUUUGGUUCAUGAACAUUAAGUUUCCAGUACAGGUAAAAUCCCAGAGGAGUCCAAAGCCCUUUCUUUAUUGGCUCCUGCUCCAACCAUGACAAGUCUGAUGCCUGGUGCAGGACUGCUUCCUAUACCAACCCCAAAUCCCUUGACUACCCUUGGUGUUUCACUUAGCGGUUUGGGAGCUAUACCAGCAGCAGCACUAGACCCCAACAUUGCAACACUUGGUGAGAUACCACAGCCACCACUUAUGGGAAAUGUGGAUCCUUCCAAAAUUGAUGAAAUUAGGAGAACGGUCUAUGUUGGAAAUUUGAAUUCCCAGACAACGACAGCUGAUCAACUACUUGAAUUUUUUAAACAAGUUGGAGAAGUGAAGUUUGUGCGGAUGGCAGGUGAUGAGACUCAGCCAACUCGGUUUGCUUUUGUGGAAUUUGCAGACCAAAAUUCUGUACCAAGGGCCCUUGCUUUUAAUGGAGUUAUGUUUGGAGACAGGCCACUGAAAAUAAAUCACUCCAACAAUGCAAUAGUAAAACCCCCUGAGAUGACACCUCAGGCUGCAGCUAAGGAGUUAGAAGAAGUAAUGAAGCGAGUACGAGAGGCUCAGUCAUUUAUCUCAGCAGCUAUUGAACCAGAGUCUGGAAAGAACAAUGAAAGAAAAGGCGGUCGAUCUCGUUCCCACACUCGCUCAAAAUCCAGGUCUAGCUCAAAAUCCCAUUCUAGAAGGAAAAGAUCACAGUCAAAACACAGGAGUAGAUCCCAUAAUAGAUCACGUUCAAGACAGAAAGAUAGACGUAGAUCUAAGAGCCCACAUAAAAAACGCUCUAAAUCGAGGGAGAGACGGAAGUCAAGGAGUCGUUCGCAUUCACGGGACAAGAGAAAAGACACCCGAGAAAAGAUCAAGGAAAAGGAAAGAGUGAAAGAGAAGGAUAGAGAAAAGGAAAGGGAAAAAGAGAAAGAGAGGGAAAAAGAACGUGAAAAAGAAAAGGAUCGGGGUAAAAACAAAGAUAAAGACCGGGACAAAGAACGGGAAAAGGACCGGGAAAAAGACAAGGAAAAGGACAGAGAGAGAGAGCGGGAAAAAGAGCAUGAAAAGGAGCGAGACAAAGAGAAGGAAAAGGAACAGGACAAAGAAAAGGAACGAGAAAAGGACAGAUCCAAAGAGGCAGAUGAGAAAAGAAAGAAGGAUAAAAAAUCCAGAACACCACCCAGGAGUUAUAAUGCAUCAAGAAGAUCUCGUAGUUCCAGCAGGGAAAGGCGUAGGAGGAGGAGCAGGAGUUCUUCCAGAUCACCAAGAACAUCAAAAACCAUAAAAAGGAAAUCUUCUAGGUCUCCAUCCCCUAGGAGCAGAAAUAAGAAAGAUAAAAAGAGAGAAAAAGAAAGGGACCACAUCAGUGAAAGAAGAGAGAGAGAACGUUCAACCUCUACAAGAAAGAGUUCUAAUGACAAAGAUGGGAAGGAGAAGUUGGAGAAGAACAGUACUUCAUUUAAAGAGAAGGAGCACAAUAAAGACCCAGAUUCAAGUGUGGGCAAAGAAGUAGAUGACAAGGACACCCCAAGGACUGAGGAAAACAAAGUACAGCAGAAUGGGAAUUGUCAGCCCAAUGAAGAAAACCUCUCCACCAAAACAGAAGCAGUAUAGGACCGACAAAUGCAGCUCUACACUCAACGCUGGAACAAAAGCUUUUAAUACUCUCAGCAGGAUAUAAACAGGGAAGAAAUCUAGUUGAGCAUAAAGAUAGGAGCUAACAGCUUUUCUAGUUGUUAGAUGACUUUGUGGCCAUCUUGUUACUGAGUAAGAAAAUAAAGCAUGGACAUCAUGACAAUAACAGAUGUUACCCAAACUCUUCAUCUUCUAAAAUCUGCAUUUCCAUGGUGGCUGACACGCUUGUCCUGUGGUUUGUUAGUGUUUGCCAAGAACCAUUGCAAAUAAACUGAACAUCAAAGAUCCAAAUUUGUACUAUCCCUAAAGACUGAAGAUAAGCAUUGGAGGCUCUAAAAAAAUGCUAGUUACUGAAUUUUGUAUUGCUUUACUUUUUUUUUUUUCCAGUAUAUACAGUCUGAUGAUGUGCUUGAAACUGGUGCAAAUGUAUACACACCCUUGUAAGUGCAAAGUAUGUAGGAAGUUUUAACAUUUACUUCACAGGAUUUACAGUGAUUGUGUUAAUUCUCACUAUUGUGUUUUCUUUUGCUCACUGUUUAGGACAGCAGUUUUUCUUUAAAAUAGUUUUACAGAUUAAUUAAGUGGAUAAAAAAACAACUGACAAUAAUGCAUGCUACUGUUCUCUUUGAAAAGGAAGAGCAACUGUGUUGAAUACUAAUAAUAAUGUAUUAGUAUUCAGUGUUUAGAAUCAUUGGGUCUACCCACAAAGUGAGCAUUUCUUUUUGAACUUCCUUGACAUUUCCAAGCUUAUUAUGAAUAAUAUUGCAGUGUGUCUUGUCAGCUGUAGGUAGCAAAGGUGCCCUUACAGAAAGGAAACUGGUUUUCAAAAUGGGCUAUGGGAGCACAAGCUAAAGCUUUAGUGCCUUCUACAAUGUGGUAUACUGUUUUCUAGAAUUUUAUAUGUGCUAGUCAUCCUCAACUUACGUGGAAUCUAGAUGGAUAUUCCAUUCACACCCAUAGAGAAGUGUGCAAGUGGUAUGUCAGAAGAGCUUCUCACUUCACCUGGUAUGAGAAGGAAGUCCUGUUUUCAAGAGUGACUUCAGUGUUCAAAAUAACAAUGCAGUUUUGGGACCAUCAGUUUUAUACUGUGAUAAUUGAAAAUGAAACAUGUUAUUUUUCUUAAAUCAAAGGAAACUCUUUAAUUGUCUGCAUUGGAUGGCCUUAAUUAUUACCUCUUUAUCAUCUUCUCAUAAAUGAUGUGCAGAAAUUAUACUUAAAGGGAGGACUAGGAGUAUAUGGGAGGUUAUUUGUUUUAUGUUUGAGCAUAUGUUUACUUGAGUUUAAGAUAUAUAGGUCAUUCGUCAUUCUUAGGCUCACUUUUUGCAGAAAGCAUGAAAGUAGUAAAAUGACAGCAUUGCUAAUGAUUUUCCCCAAAAAUAUUACUUGUAGUUUCUGAACUCUUCAUUAUUGUUGUACUUUCAAAAACGUGAUACCUUUCAAUUAGCAUGUUCUUAAAAAAUCAAGUAUAAUUACUUUAAUGCAAUCGAAUACAAUCAAAUUACUCAGUUGCCUUACCUCAUGGGAAGAGUUACUGUUAUAAAUUGAAAAAGCUGAGUAGUAUGUUAGUUACUUGGUUUCAGCUUGAGUUUCCUUUUAAUGUUAAUACUGUUGAAACUUAAGUAUUUGGUAAAGAAUGGAAAGAGAUCCUCUUAUUUCAAGUAACGAAGCCUGGUUUGAUUAUGAAGCUGCUUAAUCAUUCUUCAUGUGUAAAGAAUUACUGUGUUUUUUUGUUUUUGUUUUUUCCUUUUUGUCACUGUGUACAUUAAAAUUUUGGAAAAUGCUUUACUAUGUAAAGUAUAGAUGGUCAUUUUAAUCAUUCAACCACAUGCGGUUGGCUGGUAAACAGCUUAUUCUGAUACAGGAAUGCUUGGGUGCAUAUGGAAAGAUUGUGAAGGAGUGUGUGUCUUGCAUCAACAGCUGUCUUAUUUAUGAUAUGAAGUAGAAUAGAGCAAAUGUUUGAAUCUUUGUUAUCUUUAGUACCAUUUCUCUAAUAAAACUAAGUAUUUUAGAGGAAAAUAUUUGUUUAUGCAUUUCAAAAAAAGCAUCUUAGUUUCAUCCUUGUUUUGGUUAGCAUAGAGGUUGUUUUGACACGGAAAGUGCACGUGUUUGUGUGGUGUCUAUAAAACAAUCACUUAAAGUUUGAGUGUUUGCUUGUACUUGACUCUCAAAUGGUUUUUAUGUUGAUAAUUAACACUUAAUUUGGUUCCUGAUUCUAAUCCUUUUUCUUGGUGAUAUUUAUUCAGCUUUAAAAUAAUCAUGCUAAUUUUGAAAGACACUGAUUUGUGAAAGCUGGGAAUGAGUUAGGAAUACAAUAGAUCUGGAGAAAGUGAAAUCAGAUUAUUAUGUAGGAUUUGACAUUUGCUUACAUGGGCUUAUGGAGCAAAGAUUUCCAGAAUCUAGAGAUUUUAUGUGUCUGUGUGUGUGAGUUUGUGAGUGUGAGAGAGACAGACCUAUUUUCUCUUUGUUCACUUGCAAGAGCUGAUAUGUUUCCAUUUGCUUAUUUUCUUUCAAGAUUUUUGUUGUUGCUGUUUUUGUUUAAGGCUAGUCUUUUUUCAUCCCGGGUAAAUGUCAGGGAAACUUGGGGUAAGGCCAAGAAGACACCCCUUGUACACUUGAUACCUUCUGUAGUUAUCUUUUUUUGCUUAAUUAUACAGAGUACACACUGUUCCUUAAGUUACAGUUGCUAUUCAUCAUUCUAGACAAAUUCUGUUGGUCCUCUUAUUCUUGCUUUUAGCAGUGUACACUGGACUGGUAACACAAGAUGGUCCUUCAUAAGCUAGCUCAUCGGUUUCAUGUGUGAAAAUUUAUAAAUCCCUAACUUCUGCCAUUAUCUCCUUAGUUAUUAUUUUCCAUCUAAUCUAAUUAACUUAUAAUUAUAAACACUAGUCAGCUUGUGAUCUUCCCCGUGUUUAGAAUUCUUUUUUUUUGAAGAGGUUCAAUAUGAGCUAUGUUGACCUUCAAGAAGUGUCAGAGGCUUAAAUUUUGACAUGCUCAAUUGCAAAUAUGAAUGCAUUUAUAAUCAGGAGGGGGUUCUUUUUUUGGUCAAGAAGAUAAUUUCUUUUGUGAUAAUAAUUUUUCAGGACCCUCAGUCAUUCCUAUGUAUAUGUUGCUAUCUUUAUUUUAAAACUUCAGAAAAAGAACUCUGAUCCAAACCUGCUCUCAACUGAAGGUAUUAAAAUUUAAGGUUUAUAAUGUAUAGUAAUAGGCUUUAAAAUUUUUAAACAUCUGUGAGAAAUAGAGUAUGAUUUGAUUUAAUCAUUUUUCUGUAGUUGAAUUAACAAUUAAAAUGAAUCCUUUUGAAGGGAUGCAUUGAAUAACUUCAUUGAGUCAUUUCUUAUAUUAUCAUUAUAAGAUAGUAUUUGAUUUUAAUGGAGUACAUUAUGAAGUAGAGCCACUCCCACAAAGUAAAAGUGCAGUGACCAUAUGUUCCUUAUGUAUUUAAAUGUUUUUUAUUUUCACUACCUAUAUACUUAGUAUAUUCUCAUGUUUAUUUACUAAUGUAAUAUUCACUUAAAAUUGUUUAUUUUCAAAUUUCAAAAGUUAGUGCUCUUAAAAGCGCUAAAUUAUAUUCCUGGAAGCAGGAGUCUAGUAUAAAUGUAAUAAAAUAAUCUUUUAAAAUAAAAUUGACUUCCCUACUUAAUCUUGGGUUUGUGGGUGAGUUUGUUUGGUUUUUAAUACACUAUUAUUGGUGGUUUUGCCUAAAGAGUGAUAUACGUCAUUUUGAAAAUAAAAGCAACAGCCAUUUAUGAGUUUUGGUCCAAAUGCAGACAGGUUGGAUUUAGUGACAUAACUAGAUCUCUUCAUUCCAUUCUAAGGUACUUGUAUAGUUUGUAGCAAUUAAUUUGUUACAAUUAUUAAUUAGCUUAUGUCUAAUAUAACAUUUCUUGAUACAGUGUUUUUAAAAGUGGAUUUUGAGUCUGUUGCCUUUUUAAAUUUGUAUCUAGCUAAGAUUUUAAUUUUGAAAAUUGCCAACUUUUGGGAGACUUCACAUAUUUUACCUCUAAAUCUUAUUUUUCCAGGAUUGGAAUGGAGUAGUAGUUCUUUCUAUUGAUUAGUUUUUAUUUGCUAGACAGAUAACUUAAUUAUAUAUGUAAAUUCAAGUUCUUGAAAAUCUUACUGAAAGAAUUAGAGAGAUUGAUUUCUACCAGUAUAAAGGUAUUGGUAGGCAGCACAUUGUUGGGGAAUAACCUCCAGAAUUCCUGACUUCCACUAAAGAUUAACUUUGAGUAUACUGUGUAGUGAUAUAGAUCAAUUUAAUAGUUAAUAAAUUACCCUCCUUAAUCUUGAUUAGUUUAAUAAAAAGGUGCUAUGGAUUAUCAAGGGAAGAGUUUAAAAUGUAAACAUAAAGAUGCAUAGGUUGUGUAUAUUUAUGUGAGUAGGACUACUUUUAAAUGGUACUAGUAAAGAUUUAUCAACAUGCUGCUAUUAUGUUGCUAUAUUUUUAAUAAAAUGAAAAUCUUAAAAUCUU